CAAUAUCACGAACACUACUGAACAAAAAGUAUGUACAGAUGUUUGUUGGCAUCGGCAGCAGUCUUCAUGCGGGCAUUCAAAUGUCAGUUAGACGGAGGGUAAGUGAACGCACCACGCGUCGCCAUUGUUGCACACAUUUGAGCUAAACUUUGCUUCGCGUGUUGUUGUUGUUGGACGAGUUGGAAAUAUGGCCAUGGAAGCCUGGUACAUGGACAACUCCGACGAAGACCAGAGAAAGUCGCACAAGCUCGAGCCGAAUCGGCCAGUUUCGUUGGAGGAGUUAAAACACCUUGGGGUUUUGCACUGGAAGCUGAAUGCUGACAUCUACGAAACAGACCCAGAACUUCAGCGUAUCAGGAAAGAGCGAGGCUACUCCUACAUGGACAUCAUCACCAUUGAGAAGAAUACACUGCCAAAUUAUGAGGAAAAGUUAAAGAUGUUCUUUGAGGAACACUUACAUUUGGACGAUGAGAUUCGCUACAUCCUUGAUGGCCAGGCCUACUUCGAUGUGAGAGACAAAGAGGACCGCUGGAUAAGAAUUGCCAUGAGGACGGGUGACCUUAUUACCCUGCCAGCCGGCAUCUACCACCGCUUCACCUUGGACGAGUCGAAUUACACGAAGGCCAUGAGGCUGUUUGUCGGGGAGCCUGUGUGGAAAGCCUACAACAGGCCAGCAGAUGACUAUGAGAUACGAAAGAAAUAUAUGGUUUCUCCACAGGAAUCCUGAAAAAGUGAAAUUACAAGACUGCACAGUCUGUCACCAUGUAACCACAAGUUUUAUUUUUUUUAAACAUUUAUUUAAAUAGUAAUGUAAUUUGAAAUCAAAGCAUUGAUGCAUCAAGUAUGUGUAAGAUUUUUGUAACUGAAACUUUACACCACCACUCCACAGUAGUGUAGUGACAUUUGUUUGCCAGGUUCUAUAAAUCCAGCAGCGUAUUAACAAACAAACUAAUGCGACGAACAUGCCCCCCCGCCAACAAUAAAAUGUCACUGUCGUCAAUGAAAGUAUGGUAUGGAGUUUUCCUAUGCACUUUAAACUAACAUUGCUUUUAUUAUGGUAAAGAAAACAUUCAUACAUAAUUAUGAUGAACACUGUAUAUAGACAGUAAAAUUGAAUGUUUUUAAGAACAUAAUUGCGCUAAUCAUUUAAUCUGAAAAACAAUGACCAUUGUAUUUUCCAUUAUAUACACACACACAUACUAUAUUCCCAUGUAUAUACUCACACACACACGGGAAGGUACAAUACAAUCACAGUGGUUUAUGUAUAUUGUAUGCAGUGCAUGCUUAAUGGACUUGAAGCAUAGUGAGUCUUAGUAUAAUGCCCUUGUCUCACAAACUGGACAAACUAAUGGCUGCAAGAAAACUUCGUUUAUAUUCAAACUCAGCUCGUCUUACAUUGUGAACCUGCAGAUUUGAUAGAAUGUAAUUAAGUGGACCCCCGCAGAUUCACCUAUUCACAGAAUUUCUUUUUUCAAAUGUUCUUUUUUCCCUUUUUUGGAGUGAACCAACACCGAAAACACCAAUUGGUGGUAUAUACCCAUUUAUUCAAGUUAUUUUUGGGUAUAAAAAAAAAUAAAAAAAUAAUGGGCACGCACUCUAUUGCCAAAAGUGUUAUAUAGGGUUGAGGUCAGGAUUGUGCAGGCCAGUCAAGUUCAUCCACAUCAAACUCUCAAACUGCUCCCACAAAGUUGGAAAUGUCCAAAAUAUUAGCCCGUGAGAUCCAGUGAAAGGAACUGUGAAUGCUUCAGCAUAGCAAGAGAUAGUUGACAGUCAAACAGUUUGGGGAUUACCCAUUCCUCUUCCAACAUGUCUGUGCAACGUCCAUAAAGACAUGGAUGAAAUAAUUUGGUAUGGAUGAACUUGACUCUGCUGCCCUCAAUCUGAUAGAACACCUUUGGGUUGUUUUUGAGUGGACAGUGAGCCAGGCCUUCUCAUCCAACAUCAGUAUGUGACCUCACAAAUAUGCUCCUGGAAGAAUGGCCAAGAAUUCCAAUAAACUCACUCCAAAA